GGCGGGGGCGGGGCGUCGCCGGACUGUUCAGCGCGGUGUGACGGGAGAAACUCGUGCUGCUUUAGGGCUCAAUAAGCGGUUAACGGGAACGUGUGGAUUCGGGAGUUUAGGGCUGAGCUUCACUGCUGUUUAUUUGCUGCUCGUUUUGGUUUCGCAGGAAUCAUCCCAAUAAGAGCGUUCAUUAGUAGCACACAGAGAAAAAGGAGGGCAAAUCUCGACCUUUCGCCACAUGUGAACUACAUGCUCAGAGCCUCCGUUUACCGUGCGCGCGAGGCUGACGCGCAAAUAUACAAACAGGGUACAGCAAAUAAAUUUAAAAAAAAGAAGAAGCAAUAACUUUGGAUUAUCUUGCAACUUGGAUUUUGGAUAUUUCUGGUACGAAAUACUGAACAGACCAAACUCCAUUUGCCUGGAAAGAUGUGAGCCUGAGAUUUUGUCAUCAUUGAGGAAUAAAUUAGUGAAUUUUCUCAACACUUGAUUGAAGAAACCCGAAGUCUUUUCUGCAGACAUCAUGGAUCUCCUGUGGGUUGUUCUUGCUUUUCUUGAUCUUAUUUACAUCACAAAUUGUGCUCGAGGUCCGCCACGCGUUUCCGAGAAAGUGGUGCAUCGGCAGACGGUGCGGAUCGGACGCACCAUGAAGCUCCAGUGUCCGGUUGAGGGCGACCCGCCGCCCCUCAUCAUGUGGAGCAAAGACGGCCGCAAUAUCCACAGCGGGUGGAUGCGCUUCAGGGUCACGCAUCAAGCGCUGCGCAUAAAAGAGGUGGAGGCCGAGGAUGCCGGUACCUUCAACUGUAAAGCCACCAACGGCUUCGGCAGCGUCAACAUCAACUACACCCUCAUUGUGAUCGAUGACUCGAGCUCAGGGAAGGAUGGUGCCAGACCAGCGGGAGAUGCCGAGUUCUCCACCGACCUGUCAGGAAAACUGGUACGGCCCCGGUUCACUCAGCCAGCCAAGAUGAGAAAGCGAGUGAUAGCUCGGCCAGUGGGCAGCUCGGUGCGGCUAAAGUGUACAGCCAGUGGAAACCCCAGACCUGACAUUGUGUGGCUGAAGGACAGCAGACCACUCACCCCCGAGGAAGUGGGCGAGAGCCGCAAGAAGAAAUGGACGUUAAGCCUAAAAAACCUUACGCCGGAACACAGCGGCAAAUACACUUGCCACGUCUCGAAUCGCGCUGGAGAAAUCAACGCAACCUACAAAGUGGAAGUCAUCCAGCGCACCAACUCUAAGCCCAUCCUGACUGGUACUCAUCCUGUCAACACGACAGUAGACUACGGCGGCACCACGUCUUUCCAAUGCAAAGUACGCAGUGACGUUAAACCCGUUAUCCAGUGGCUCAAGAGAGUGGAGCCUGGUGACGAGAGCAAGUACAAUUCAACCAUCGAGGUUGGAGAGCACCGAUUCGUGGUGCUUCCCACCGGGGAGGUGUGGUCGCGGCCUGACGGCUCCUACCUCAACAAGCUGCUCAUUACCCGCGCCAAGGAAGAGGACGCCGGCAUGUACAUCUGCCUGGGCGCCAACACCAUGGGCUACAGCUUCCGCAGUGCCUUCCUUACUGUCCUGCCUGACACCAAGCCCCAUUUCCCGCAUAUCCCUGCCGUCUCGUCCCCGGGGCUCCCCUGGCCCGUCAUCAUUGGCAUUCCUGCUGGCGUGGUCUUUAUCCUGGGCACCAUCCUCCUGUGGUUUUGCCAGUCUAAAAAGCACUGUUCCUCAGGAGCCAUCGUCUCCGCCCAAGCCAACGGCCAUCGCCAGCCUCCUCGAGAGCGCCCACUGCCGGGAGCCGACAAGGACUGCAUGGGCUCCGUGAGCUACGAGGAGUAUCUGAAUCAGCAGCAGCAGCAACAGCUCCUGCUCGGCCCCAAGGUCUACCCAAAGAUCUUUACAGACAUCCACACGCACACACACUCGCACGUGGACGGGAAAGUGCACCAGCACCAGCACAUCCACUACCAAUGUUAGCCUCCUGACGUCUCGCAAGGCUCCUGUUCAAGGUCUGCACUUCGUUUGUCCCUCAAUAGCGACCUCACCAGUAGCAGUUUUUUUUUUUCUUUGCAUUGUUCGGACCAUUGUGCGGAACUUCAAGUGAAGGUGAACGCUCGCCCAAGCUGCACCACUGAUUCUAGAGAACGCGAACCCAUAUGCAACAUGAGCCAGGUUAAUUCGUACAAAAACUUUUAUCAAGAGUACACUUCCACAUGUUAACCACGAGACGAGCCUGGAGCAAAAAACCAAGAAGAUGCAAUCGUUUCACACAAAAGUAUACAGAGAAACACAUUUUCAGGUCAGUUCCGGACAUUAUACGCGCUAAACGGAAAACAAAAAGUGAAUGUAUUGCCUCUUCGACGACGCAUUGCGACACCGUCUUUUUGGCUUUGUGAACAAACGCAUCUUCGACCAGUCGGCUGUAAUGCUCUUUCACAGAUGGACUUUGUGGAUACGGUUUCCAUUAGCACCAAAUUACAGUGAGAAUUAGUUCUUUUUGCUGCAAUCUAAACCGAAUCGCCCGUCAGUGUAGACGUUUGCAGGUAUACACACUAUUUUAUUAAAUCUACAUAUGCCAAAUUUGGAUUUCCUGAUGCUAAUAAUAAGCCCUUUACUUGGAAAUGACUGCAUGGAAGUCUAUACACGUGUACAUGUCAUUCAUGCCGAGUUUGUGGGCUUUCACAUAUCAGUUGGACUUUCAUUUUCUGGUACAUGAAUGUGCAUUUUUAGUUUUUGUUGUUGCAAAUGUUGUUGGAUAUUUAAGUGUAUCUCUUUUAAGUGUAUCUCCACUUAUUGGAUAAAUAACAACACAAGUGCCUGUUUUUUGUUUUUUUUUUCCUAAGAUUUGAGUGAUUAAAUGUUCAGGUACGGGAUAAUAA